AUGAGGUGGCACGGUGUGAUAUCAGCGUUGUCCGCUGUGCUGGUAACAACAAAUGCCAUCUUUGCCGACGACGCAUUUCACAUCGAUUACCAUCAUGCCCUCCUCGGCAUUCCCCAGUCUCAUGCAACCUUCUUUCACAAGCCACAAGCCUCUACGAACGCCUCAUUAUUAUACUCCAUCUCAGACAAGGCUGUCCUAGGUGCCAUCAACCCUAAAGAUGGCUCAAUUUUAUGGAGGCAACCACUUGCUGGACAGCCCCUCAAUCAGGCGUCAUCCUCCUUCUUGGUUGCACGGGAAAGAGAUGGCCAGAUCAUAAGUGGAUAUGGAAAAACCGUCUCAAGCUGGGAUGCCCUCAAUGGCAAACUCGUCUGGACAUAUGAUUUCCCAGAGGGCGCUCUUGUCCAAGGGCUACAACAUACACCAGUGUCGGACGCAAGUAAUGCGGUUACACAGGAUCUAUUAGUGUUGACAACUUCGGAGCUUGCGAGUGCACAUCCCGUCAUAAGUCGUAUUGCAGGCGAUGGAAGGGGGCUUAGAUGGGAGCAUAUUGAUACCUCCACCUCAGACAGCGGUCCUACCUCACUUGCUACCUCCUCAAAACAUGCCUACUAUGUCACCAAAUCUCAUGGUUUGUUGUCGGGUGGUAAGGCCAAAGUCGUAACCUUCGAUAUUACCACAGGUAAGGAGGUCGCCACAGCCAAUAUUGCCGUUGACUCCGAUGCUUUGGGUGAGAACGGCCAUUAUAUCGCCGGCCCUCAAUCAGCAUUUCCAUUCCUCAUCUCCGCCGAAAAACCUUACAAUGCAAUCAAAAUCAGCCCGUUGACUACUUCCAAGGUUCAGACUCUCAAUGUGGACGACAAGGGUGAAAUCAUCGAGUCUUUGAGUGUUCUAUAUCCCUGUGAUCCGUCAGCUGCAUCACACUUCCUCCUCCAUAUCAGAGGUAGUAAGCGACAAUGGGCAGAGAUCUACCAUUUCAACACCAAGUCAGGCGACGCUGUCAAGGCAUACUCCUUACCAGCAACAGAAGAGCAGAGCAUCUUCUCAAUCAGCAGUAGCGGAUCGAAUGUGUAUUUCACCCGAAGCACUGCAACCGAAUUGAGUCUCUAUUCGUCAGAAUCGCAUGGUCAGCUUGGACGAUGGGAGAGAUCAGGAACCCCAAGCUCUGUGGCGGGUAGACUUGUCCCACACAGUGCGGCUGAAGUUGUUAGCAGAGCAAAAGACAGUUUUGCUGUUCGCAUUGCUGAGACUGGGGCAAGUGGAGAGUGGACUUUGAUCCGAAAUGGAGAGUCACUCUGGACAAGACCGGAACAACUCGCAUAUGCCAACAUUGCUGUUUGGUCCGACAGUAUCGGUCCUGAUGCCUUGGCUGAAGAGCUGGAGGUGGAAUUAUCUGUCAAUCCUCUUACAGCAUAUGUUCAUCGCCUACAGCGUCACCUAGCAGAUCUAGCCGGGCUUCCUGCCUACAUUUCAAGUCUGCCAGAUGCGGUAUUCAAAUCGUCCCCAGAGACUUCAGCCGAUGUGCGGCGUGACCUUGUUGGUACAAAGCUUGUGAUCGUGGGAACGAGCCACAAAGAAGUAAUUGCUCUUGAGGCUACCAAUGCCAGCGCUUUGGUGUGGCAAACAGAUCUAUCCACUUAUGCUGGAGAUGGGGUUGAUAUCAAGUCGCUCACCACUAGCAAUGGUCGCAUUACCGUCUAUCUUUCUGAUGGUUCUCUUGUUGUGGUAGAUACACUUCGAGGGACUAUCAUUGAACACCAGGCGGGAACAAUCGGCGUAUCAAAACUGGUCUACCUACCAGGAACUGUGGCGCCGACUGUUGUAAAAGUUGGCGCUGAUGGGACACCUCAACUCGCCGAUGACUUCGCUCCGGCAAAUCCACUAGAGGGCAGUAUCCUUGUCACUAUUGGUGAAGAUGGCAACGCCAACGGCUGGAGUGUUGGAAAAAGCGCACAAAAAACAUGGACGUUGAAACCAAAGGCUGGCUUUGCAUUUACAAAAGCAGUUGCAAGACCAGAUCAUGACCCAGUUGCUUCAAUUGGCAAAGUUCUUGGUGAUCGGUCAGUACUAUACAAGUACAUCUCCCCAAAUAUUGCACUUCUCAUUGCCACGUCGAGCUCUAGUCUCACCACCUACUUAAUUGACGCUGUUACAGGUGCAGUGCUACACACUUCGUCGUGGCAUGGCAUUGUACCGGGCACAAGCAUUCCUGCCGUACUGUCCGAAAAUUGGUUCGCAUUCUCCUUCACUAACCAAGAUCCUACAACGAAAGGGUUAUCCACUCAGUUGAUCAUCUCUGAACUUUAUGAGUCAGCAUCACCUAAUGAACGUGGUGCUUUGGCUGCACGAACCAAUUAUUCGUCCUUUUCGGCUGAUGCAUCCACAUCUCCCCAUGUGAUAUCACAGGCAUAUACAGUUGUCGAGCAGAUAUCACAUCUCACCGUCACACAAACGGCGCAGGGAAUUACUUCUCGCCAACUCCUAGCCACUCUUCCGGAAUUGAAUGCAAUCGUUGGCAUACCACGAGAAAUUCUAGAUGCGCGACGACCUCCCGGGCGAGAUGCCAAUGCCACGGAAAGAGAGGAAGGGUUGAUGAAGUACUUGCCAGUGCUUGACUUGGAGCCUCGGUACUUCUUGACGCACUCACGAGAAGUAAUAGGGAUCGAGAAAGUGAUUACAUCACCGAGUCUGCUGGAAAGCACCAGCGUGAUAUUUGCGUUUGGGCAUGAUAUCUUUGGAACGCAAGUAACGCCCAGUUUGGCAUUCGAUGUACUUGGAAAAGGAUUCAACAGGAUUCAACUAUCACUUACGGUGGUAGCACUUGCCAUCGGCGUUUAUAUGGUAAGACCAUUUGCCCUAAAGAGGACGGUGGAAGGUAGAUGGAAGCUGUGA